AUGACAAUGCUCAAGGAUCCCUCACUUAAGUACAAAAAAUUUGAUCCAAAACUCAAUUUAAAAACCAGGCAGUGGCCUCUCAGAACACUGGACAAGCCACCAAGAUGGCUUUCCACUGAUCUCCGGGACGGAAAUCAAUCCCUUCCUGAUCCAAUGACAGUGGAAGAAAAGCAAGUUUAUUUUAAGAAGUUAGUUGAAAUAGGUUUCAAAGAAAUUGAGGUUGCAUUUCCAUCUGCUUCACAAAUUGAUUUUGAUUUUACGCGCUGGUGUGUCCAGAAUGCUCCUUCCGAUGUGGCCAUACAGGUCCUUGCGCCAUGUAGGCCACAGUUUAUAAAGCGAACAAUUGAUGCUCUCAAAGGUGCUAAGAAAGCUAUUGUUCAUAUAUACAUGGCUACAUCAGAGUGCUUCAGAGAUAUUGUAUUCAAUCUCUCUAAAGAGGAAACAAAAAAGCAGGCAACUGAAUGCACACGUUAUGUGCGAACUCUCACGAAAGAUGAUCCAAACAUGCAUGAAACUGAAUGGAUGUUUGAAUUUUCACCCGAGACUUUCAGUGAUACUGAUCCAGAUUACGCAAUUGAGGUGUGUGAAUCAGUGAAGGCAGCCUGGAAUCCAUCCAUUAGAAAUCCGAUUAUUUUUAAUUUGCCGGCUACUGUUGAGAUGUCGACACCUAACGUUUAUGCUGAUCAAAUAGAGAAUUUUUGCAAUAAAAUAUCUGAGAGUAAAAAAGUUUGCAUUUCUCUUCAUCCGCACAACGAUAGAGGCUGUGCUGUUGCAGCCGCAGAGUUGGCUCAAUUGGCAGGGGCAGAUAGGGUGGAAGGAUGCCUUUUCGGAAACGGGGAACGUACCGGUAAUGUUGACUUAGUGACAUUGGCCUUAAACCUUUAUACACAGGGCAUAAAUCCACAUUUGGAUUUCUCUGACAUGAAGUCUGUGAUUGAUGUCGUUGAAAAAUGCAAUAAAAUUCCUAUUCAUCCCAGAGCACCGUAUGGCGGACAACUUGUUGUCUGUGCUUUCUCUGGAUCUCAUCAGGACGCAAUUAAAAAAGGGUUUAAGAAGCAUGAACAGAAAAAGAGAAAGCUUGCAUUUGAAGCUGAAAGUUCGGGAAAGAAGUGCCGCAUUGCGGAUUGGAAAAUGCCAUAUUUACCAUUGGAUCCUCGAGACAUUGGCCGGACAUACGAAGCAAUUAUCAGAGUUAAUUCUCAGUCAGGUAAAGGGGGGGCCUCUUGGAUCAUUCUGAGAAACUUGGAAUUAGAUCUUCCUAGAGGACUUCAGAUUGAGUUUUCUAAGGUUGUUCAGCGUGAAACAGAGGCUAAAACAAGAGAAUUGAAAACGUCAGAAAUUGUCGGUCUCUUUGAAACAAAAUAUAUCAUAUUUCCGGAAAACACUGUAAUCAAGCUGGAGAAAGUUAACGCUUUUAGACUUGUUGAUUAUCAUAGUGAUACCAAAAAAGGAGGAAAGAGAGAAAUACAUUCUAUCAUCAAGAACAACAACAAGGAAAUCAAGUUAAAUGGGGUGGGAAACGGUCCAAUAUCUGCUUUUGCAAAUUCGCUCGCCGCAUAUUUCAAUAGAGACUUCGACGUUGUGAAUUAUCACGAACACUCUCUUGGUAAAGAUUCUGAUUCUCAAGCUGCGUCAUAUAUCAACUGUAGGAUUGGUUCAAACCCUCCUCUGUGGGGUGUGGGAAUUCACGAAGAUGUUAACGUUGCCGGCUUUAACGCGCUAAUCAGUUGCUUGAAUCAAAGCGUUAGAGCUAACUUUAUUCAUCUGAAUUAA